AUGGAGGAGAUCGGAAAGGUGCAGGAGAGAGGUAAGGUGCAGGAGAGCGGUAAGGUGCAGGAGAGCGUGGAGGUGCAGGAGAGCUGGAACGUGAGGGAGAACGGGAAGGGGGGAGAGCGGGAAGGUGGAGGAGAACGAAAAAGUGGAGAAAAUGGGAAGGUGGAGGAGAGCAGGAAGGUGGAGGAAAGCGGGAAGGUGCAGGAGAGCGUGGAGGUGCAGGAGAGCAGGAAGAUGGAGGAGAGCAGGAAGGUGGAGGAGAGCAGGAAGAUGGAGGAGAGCGGGAAGGUGCAGGAGAGUGUGGAGGUGCAGGAGAGCGUGGAGGUGCAGGAGAGCGUGGAGGUGCAGGAGAGCGUGGAGAGCGGGAAGGUGAGGGAGAGCAGGAAGGUGAGGGAGAGCAGGAAGCCCACUCCAGUGGAGGAUUCAUCCAAGUGUAUUGAGCGCAGCGCUUUUUGGGGAGCCCCCGCCAUCAGAGGAUUCAUCCGGGUGUACAGAGCGCAGUGCUCUUUGGGGAGCCCCUGCCAGCGGAGGAUUCAUCCGGGUGUGGAUGCCGACGAUGUCAUCACCAAAGAGGAACAGAUCUACCUCCUUGGCAUAGCAAAAGGAGAAUGUGAACAAAAGUUGAAUCUGAAGACAACAAAUGGAGGUUGUCGGUCAGAAUGGGACGGGAUUCUGUGUUGGCCGGAAGGGGAGCUGGGGAGUUUCGUGUCCACGCCUUGCCCCAAAUAUAUCUACGACUUCAACCACAAAGGUCAAGCACAUCGCCGAUGCGACCAGAACGGGAGCUGGGAGCUGGUGUCGGGCAACAACCGUACAUGGGCCAACUACACCGAGUGCGCAAAAUUCCUUUCCAACGAGACCAGAGAGCGGGAAGUUUUCGAUCGACUUCACCUAAUUUACACAGUUGGAUAUUCCAUGUCGCUGGGAUCGUUAACCAUCGCAGUGCUCAUUCUAGGAUACUUUAGGAGAUUGCAUUGCACCAGGAAUUAUAUCCACAUGCACCUCUUUGUGUCCUUCAUGCUGAGAGCCAUCAGCAUCUUUGUGAAAGACACCGUCUUGUAUUCCGGGUACGUUCUGGAGGAGAUGGAACGCUUCUCUGAAGAAGACUUGAAAUCGAUGACCCACGCUCCUCCGGUAGACAAGUCGCAGUUUGUGGGCUGUAAGGUUGCCGUUACUUUCUUCCUAUACUUCCUGGCCACAAACUACUACUGGAUCCUCGUGGAGGGACUCUACCUGCAUUGCCUCAUAUUUAUGGCUUUUUUCUCUGAUAAGAAAUAUCUCUGGGGAUUUACACUCUUUGGCUGGGCGAUGGUUAUCCUCCGUCUUCUCGCCCGCUUGGUCACGCACAUCGCCUCGGUUAUCCUUAUCAGCCCGUCACGUUGCAAACGAUGA